AGGAACGGAAGUGACGUGGAGCAGCCAGACCUAGAGGGCUCGGGUAAAAAUGGCUGAAUAUUUAGCUUCGAUAUUCGGGACUGAGAAGGACAAGGUUAACUGCUCUUUUUACUUUAAGAUCGGGGCCUGCCGGCACGGGGACCGGUGCUCCCGGCUUCACAACCAGCCGACUUUCAGCCAGGAGGUGUUCACGGAACUGCAGGGGAAGUAUGGGGAGAUCGAAAAGAUGAAAGUGUGCGACAACCUUGGGCACCACCUCGUGGGCAACGUCUAUGUCAAGUUCCGGCGGGAGGAGGAUGCAGAGCGGGCUGUGGCGCUCAAUAACCGGUGGUUCAAUGGGCAAGCUGUGCACGCCGAGCUGUCUCCUGUCACCGACUUCUGGGAGUUAUGCUGUCGCCAGUAUGAAAUGGGGGAAUGUACCUGAGGUGGCUUCUGCAACUUCUUCCGGCCCAUUUCCCGAAACCUCAGGCGGCAGCUCUAUGGGCAGGGACCCAGGUGCAGGUCACCGCCAAGGUCCCAUACUGGCCACCGUCCCCGAGAGAGAAACCGCCGGCAUUCCCCAGAUCACCGGCAUGGCCGCUUCUGA